AUGCCCACGUUAUCAUCUGCUUUCGUCAAGCUUGGCUUCGCAGCACCUAUGCGCGGUGCGCCUCUUCACGACAACAACGACCAAGAUCUUCUCAUGUCCGGACCCAAACCUCUUGUCGCCGCUGGCCAUACCCGUCCCGUCACCCACCUGUCCUUUAGCCCCAUUCAAGAGGAUGGAACCUUCCUCCUAGUGUCCAGCUGCAAAGAUGGCAAUCCUAUGCUUCGUGAGUGGACCGGAGAUUGGAUUGGAACGUUCCUUGGUCAUAAAGGCGCGGUCUGGAGCACCAAGUUAUCGCCCGACGCAUCGCGUGCUGCUUCGGGCAGUGCCGAUUUUACCGCUAAAAUCUGGGAUGCUUACGCUGGCACGCCGCUCCACUCGUUUCCUCACAACCAUAUCGUCCGAAGUGUCGCGAUCUCACCCACUUCAUCCCAUCUUCUCACGGGCGGUCAAGAGAAGAAAGUUCGGAUAUUCGAUCUUGGUCGGCCGGACGCAGAGCCCGAUUUCCUGCUCCCCGAUGGCAGUUCUCUGUCCCACGAGGGCACUGUCAAGAGUGUCGUAUGGGUAGGAGAGCACACGGGUGUCACCGCUGGCGAGGAUGGCAUCAUCAAAUGGUGGGAUCUCCGAACGAGGAAGUUAACAACAAGCAUGACAUUCCCCAAUCCGAUCACUUCCAUGGAAGUAUCUGCCCAGACCAAGCGUCUUGUUGUGACGUCGGGAAAGACUGUUGCAUUCAUCCCCGUGCUACCCAAUGGGACCGGGACACACUCGCUGACACUGCCGUACGCGCCGUCCUCGGCUUCGAUCCAUCCGCUGUGGCAAGACCGCUUUGUCACGGGGAGCACUGGAGACGAAUGGGUUCGUGUUCAUGGGAUGGAUGGGGAGGAACGCGAGGUUCUUAAGGGCCAUCAUGGGCCUGUGCACUGCGUGGAAUUCAGUCCGGACGGCGAGAUGUAUGCCAGUGGAAGCGAGGACGGCACGAUACGUUUAUGGCAAACGACUCCGGGUAAAUCGUACGGUCUGUGGGAAGGCACACAAGGGUAGAUUAUCAUAUCUGUGUUCUAGUGUAUCAUGAAGCCAUCUGUGACAUUAUCAAGAAAGGCCAGCUCAAGCUGAGCAU